AUGAAGGAAAAAAUCAUUGCUCGUCUCCAUCUCGAACAAUUCAUUCAGGACGAAGUUCUCUUCUAUUCCAUUGUUCUCUACGAAAAAGAAAUUUAUUAUAUUUGUAUUUGUGCACAUUUUGUAUAUCUCUUCAAAGAGUCCUUCACGAGUGCUCCAAUUCCCAUCGCAUUGGAACAAAUCAGUUGUGUGAAUGUCUAUUCGGAUCAUGUCUCCAAGUUCAGUAUUGUGAUAAAUAAGAAUUUGUCUCAUCAUCAGCAGUCAUCAUCAACUAAUGGUUCAUUAUCAUUGACACAUCACCAAAAUGGUGGCUCUAUUUUGAAUUCUCAGAAUAGCAACAACCAUGCAACAAGUGAGACAUCCUCCUCCUCUUCCACAACAACAACCACUACUACUAGUUCAAACAUUCAACAAUCCUCUUCCUCUCCAACACACACACUCACAUUGGAAGCAUCCAAUAGAACUCAAUUAAUUAAGGAAUUACAAAUUCAUUACAAGACCAAUAAGGUCCUAAAAAAGUGGCAAUUUGACAAGGAUAUGGAUUAUGAUUUAAAGAUUGUGUACACGAAUUAUAACAACAACAACAACACCACCAAUGGUGGAAACUCGAGUGAGUGGACCACACAACAACAAGAUGAGACCAUCAAACAUCCAUUUCAAACAUUGAAAUUGGAUCGAACUCACAUUGUCAAUACCCAAUCGUCCGUGUUGAAAUACAUACAAAGUAAUCACCAAUCCGUUCGAGUCGAAAAAGUAUUCAAUGGAUAUUGGUUUGUGUUAAAUUCAGCGGAAUUGAAUCGAAAAGUGGCCACCAAUAAUACGACCACUGCUGGUGCUAAUGCACAGGGUACUCAUUCUUUGGAAUCAAAAAGUAGCAACAACAACAAUUCUUCAAAGGCAUACUAUGAAGUGACAUUUGAAUCAAAAGGAAACCAAUCUCAAACCCCUUCGAUGGUCGUUCCUGACAAAUUAACUGUUAAAAUCAUCCCAAUUCGAAAUUCAAAUGCUCCCAAGACGAAUAUUCGAACCUUUGCUCAGAAAAUGAUUUCCAAUCAAUUGUUGACCUCUUGUGCUGAUUUUGACGUUCUUCUCGAUGAAGAAUUUCUCAAAGAACGAUCCAUCUACAAAUUUGACAAAACCAUCACAGAGGCCUAUCAAAUUAAGGUGAAAUAUUGUUUCUAUCCACAAUUGUUUACAAGCAAGACCAAGCAUUCGAAACGUUACGAUGCAUUCAAUUUGGAGUUGCUUCAUGAUUCACAAUCACCAAUACUUUCUCAUGAUCGUAUCAAACAUGUGGUGGUGUGUCGACGUAGAUUUAUUCCUCCUUACGCCACUCAUUAUCAAGACAUUGUUUUUGAAUUCGAUUAUGCAGAUGAUAGCUCAAAAGCGACCUCUCAAAAUGAAUUAUUUAACAUGUGUGUACAAUCUUGCAAUCCUCUUCCUCAGUGCUUUUUAUAUGAUCAAUUAACGAUUCGAACUAAAUUAGAAUCUUUGGCAUGUGACGAAGAUUUCUAUUGUUGGGUUCAAUUGAAAUUUGGUUUGAAACCAGAGUUAUAUCCUCUCAAGUGGGGACACGAAGUUGGAGAUCAUACACGCCCUGAAGUUUUUGUCAAGGCAGUGGGUGACGUUAUUGAUUGCAUCUUGUCACAACCAAAAGACCCUUCCACCAUUCAUGAUCCAUUCGCUGUGGAGCACGAUCUCGUUUACAAUGUCGAUAGUCCAGUUACUGUUAAAAAUCCAACCAUUCAACACAUCAUUCAAUGGAGAAAUAAGGUCUCAUAUUAUUUGGCCUAUUAUGUUGAUUCGAUUGAAUAUUCAAAUUUUGAAAGAAUUGUGAAAGCAUUACUUCAUUUGAAACAACUCGAAGAAUUGGCUAAAGAUAAGAGAAUUCAACAAUACAAGCGUACACUCAUUCUUCUCAUGGAAUAUUUCCUUCAUUUGAGAAUUGUGAAUCAGGAAUAUGACUUUGAAAAACCAAUCGAAGAAAAGAUUGAAGAAAUUGAACAAAAAACGGAUGAAAUGCAUUACAGUUUUUUCGACAUGAAUCAAAUGAACCUUGCUGUUCAACACCAAAUGAAUGCUACCAUCAAUGGAACAGCAUCAUCAUCGUCAGGAGGUCUCACGCAAUUCAAUGACGAUAUUCUGUAUGAUGAAGCUGUCGAGAAACAUGUGGAACAACUAAAAAACAAUCAAUUAGCCAAACAGUUACAAUUGAUCAUGUACAGACAAAUGCUUAUUGGUGGAAAGAAUAAUAUUGGUGCAAGUAGUGGAGGUGGCGGUGCAGUCUCAUCAAAUCACACCUCGAGAACAGUUUGCAACAUGAAUACGAUGGUGUUUUUGAGAUUGAUGAAAUUGAAUUAUUUUGUUGGAGUGUUAGGAAUGUCACCUUUAUCAUUUGUGAAAUUACUGUCGAAUGCCAUUCAUGUGAGCUCCAUGUAUCAUUAUGAAACCAUUUAUGAAAUUUGCUAUGAAAUUUCCUCAUGGUUAAACAAGUGUGAAAUGGAUACUUCUUCGAGAUCCACUGUUGCUUGGAGCAACAACUCGAUGACACAUGACAAUACUGACACUGAUUCCACCUCCAGUGAUGUUGGUGGUGGUGACAAUGACAAAAGUUCAGAAGAACGAAAACUCUAUCUCCAAAUACGAGAAACUCUCUGUUCCUAUACUCCCUUCUUACACAGUUUAUGUUCCUUGUUGCAAUACGAUGACGAAGGUCUUCUCGGAGUGGUGGCAAGUAUUCUUGAGAAAUUGACAUACUUUUCUGAAAAUGUUCGAAAAUGGUUCACUUCUAAUGAUUACUUGCAAUUUUUAGUGGAUCACAUUGAAGCAUUCAAUUCUCGAACUCAACCUUAUUUGGCCUCUUCUUUCCUAAGAGUGUUACGCAACUGUUGCAACACUUCAGAGAAACGUUCAGUCAUUACCAAAGAUGGAGAACUCGUUCCACUCGUAGUGAGACACAUUUUACCAAAUAUUUUGUCAGCACUCAUUCCCGAAUCGGUCGCUUAUUCAGAAAAAUAUCCUUCACUAAUGAAUACCAUUCCAUUUGAAAGCACUCAGAGAGAAGAGUUGUUAAAAUCUGCUCUGGAUGCUCUUCUCGUGAUUGUUCAAUCCUCUUCUGAAAAUGAAAUUGGAGGAGAGGAUGAAGAUGAACUCAUGAGUGAACUCAUUGUGAAUGAAACUUCCAUUCACACCUUGAUUGAAUUAUUGGGACAUGUGGUGAGAAGAAUGAUGAUUACUCAGCAAGUUCAGCACCAUUCGUUGAAUUCACAUGGUAGUGUGAAUACAUCACCUGUAUCAACUUCAUUGACAACAGCUUCAAGUGUCAACCAUAACAACCACAACAACAUGAUUCGAAUUCCAUCCUACUUGACUUCAUUACUCAGUAUUUUACUUGCUCUUUCCAAUCAUGAAUAUUUCAGAGGUGUAGCCAUUUCUAUUGUUUUGAGUGGUUUCAGUGGAAGUGUUAUUCGAGGUCUUCAUCGAAAUAUUGCGAAUAGUCAGACCUUAAUUACCUUAUUGGUUCAAAUUUUGAAUCUGUUGAUGCCUUACAUUCCUAACAAUAAUAACAUUCAUUCAGGUGGUAAUCCUUCCGCCACCAUGACGCAACAUUUACAUCGAUCAGGAAGAAGAGGUGGUGGAAGUACCGUCACAGAACAAUAUGCUCAAUCUACCUCUUCCUCCACCUCAAAUUCAUCACCCAUUCGAGAGGGUUCUUCAAUUGGCAAUGGAAAUAACACUCCUUCGCCAUCCUUUCCAAAUUCUCCGGGUGCCACUACUACUUCAUUAUCAUUACCACACCAGACAAUGUUUGUGGAACAAUUGGCUCAACUUCGUCUCAAUAUUACACUUGUUUUAAGUACUCUGUUAAUGUUGUCAUCAAAUUCGAAAGCCCUUGCUGAAAUGAAAGAUAACAUGCUUGAAAUUUUGAUUCGAGAAUUUGAAGGAAAAACUUCACAAUUACAAUUACCAACAGAGAUGACUAAUUUGGAGGGUUCUAAUAUGGAGGCAUCUCCUAGUCCUGCCACUAUGGUUGGAUCUUCACAUGCCAUCUCUUCUGCGAGCAAUAUUGUCAAAGUGAUCACUUCCGUGACCACUCAUUUACAAAAUCGUUUGAGAAAUGGAAUGUCGAGUGGAAAAAGUGGAAUGCCAACCUCUCCUUCUUCCUCCAGUUCCGGCAGCAGUCGAUUGAGAUUAAAUUAA